AUGUGUUCAGGGACGGUUUAUAUAGCAGUGGGUGUGAGCACAGUCAGUCGGAGUCAGUUCAUUACCACUGCGGCGCUCUGCGCAGCUCAAGUUGAAGGCUGCUGAUCUUCACCGCGACACUUCAGGGAAAGCUAGACUGCAUUUUUAAAAACAAUGAGUUUUUUAAGCGCAUGAGCUCCAGUCGUCGCUCUUUCCACGCGGCUGAACCUGCAUUACCUUAGAUACUAACUAACAUACUGAUCAGCGAAGACAGCGCACGGCGCACAGGGACAGGUCAUGCACUGUCAAGCCGAGUUGAGGCUCUCCUCCCCCGGGCAGCUGAAGGCUGCCAGGCGGCGCUACAAGACUUUCAUGAUUGACGAGAUCCUCUCCAAGGAGACUUGUGAUUAUUUUGAGAAACUUUCUCUGUAUUCGGUGUGCCCUUCGCUCAUUGUACGACCAAAGCCUCUUCAUUCGUGUUCGGGCUCCUCGUCACUACGUGCCUACCCUCUCCUCUCAGUGAUCACGCGGCAGCCCCCCCACCUCUCCCAGGUGUCAUCUCCAGGUGGGGUCCCCUCUUCGCACCUGCCUGUGCUCUCCUCGCAGCAUCCACGAGGCUCCGAGCCCUCGCCCAGUCAGACGCCCCUUAGCAUCAGCAGCGAGUCGGAAACGGAGCGCAGCACGCCCCGCCUGAAGAAGCCACGCCGUAGUCGCACCAUCUUCACCGAGCUGCAGCUGAUGGGCCUGGAGAAGAAGUUCCAGAAGCAGAAGUACCUCUCUACACCUGAUAGGUUAGACCUGGCCCAGUCGCUUGGACUCACACAGCUCCAGGUGAAGACAUGGUACCAAAACAGACGUAUGAAGUGGAAGAAAAUGGUGCUCAAAGGAGGUCACGAGGCACCGACUAAGCCCAAGGGAAGACCCAAGAAAAACUCCAUCCCCACCACGGAGGAAAUAGAGGCUGAAGAACGGCGGAUGAAGGCAGAGGCAGAGGAGAGGAUGAAGAGGGAAGCAGAGCAAGUGGUGCUGGCUCACGGUGGAAAGGCAUCUCAGCUUGAGCCUGAAGAUCUCAGUUCAGAAACUCAGAAUGCAGUCACGGUGAUGGAGGAAUCUGAACAAAAGCUGCCACUCCCGAUGCAGUCAGAGACUCAUACUGCCAGCUAAGCCAGACUGAAACCAAACCAAAGACUAAUGCAAACCUGAAAACAAAUAGUGCCUCAGGAUCACUGUAAAAAGCCUGUGUGGUGUUUUGACCCAUUUGCUUUAAGAAUUUGACUGGAAACAUAUUAGUGGCAUCCAAUCUUGACUUGAUGCAGUCUUUUUUUUUUGCAUUGGAAAAUGUGCCAUACAAAGAGCUAAAUGCAUAGACACUGAUUGUACUGGUUAAAAUGUGGCCUUUAAGAAAACUGUAUUUGAUUAGAUUCCUGCUAUAAGAAGAGCAAAUCUGCCAAAUCCAAGUCAAACAAGUCAAAGCAAAAUGUGUAUCAUGCAUCACCUUAUUGUGCAUUACAACCAUGAAAGACACACACACACAUACACACGCAGAAACACAGAGUUGUGUUCCCAUCACUUUUAGGGACAUUACAUAGACUAACAUUAAUUUCCUGGGGGCUUAACCUCCACCUAACCAUAACAAUAAACAUUACUUGCCUAAUCCUAACCCUGACCUUAACGUAACCCUAACCUCAGCCUUCUUCCAAAUAUUAAUGAUUUAUGUUGUGGGGACUUGAGUUUUGUCCCCAUAAGUAAGGCGGGUCCUCACAGUGUGACUGUGUAAACAGAUUUUUGUCUCCACAACUACAGGAAUACACGUACACACACAAACACACACACACAUACACACACCAACAAUACUCAAAGCUGCCUCAUAUAAUGCAUGUGCCAAAAUAUCAAGAUUUGCCUUACUGUAGUGUCUUUGUGUAUCUAUGUACUAUAAAUCACUUCACUGCCAAAACUAUAAUAUUAAAUGGAUAUAGUGCCUUGUCAGUCUCAGAGGAAAGCUUUUAAAGUGUUGUUAAGAUUACUAUCAAAUACACAUACUUUUUACAGUGAUUUUUGAUUAUGAGAAGAAAACAGUGCUUCUAUGUUUAGAAGUAUUCAACAAAUCUGAAAACUGUUUUGAUUUGGGUUCUCCUACAGCUGUUAGGCUCGAAUGUGUCCAUUAUUUGGUCAGUGAAGCUAUCAUUUUUAUUCUUUUUAAUACAAAAAUCACUAUUUCUGCCAAACCAUACACUGUAUCAUACUGUAGAAAUGUGUAUAAAGUAUAAAAUAUAUGGUCUUUUGGAUAUAUAUGUAAAACAGUAUUUUUAACUGCUGUUAUAAAUCUGAUUAAAAUAGUUUGUACGUAUAAUGUCACUGCCGUCCCUGAUCUUUUCUUGUCUUUCACAGGAGUCAGACUGACUCUGCCUUCUGCAACAAGGCCAAUAAGACUCUUAACAUGUCAAAGAUUCUCAGAGAGAGUAAAUCAUGUCCUGUGCCAAAGAUGCACUGCAGAUGCUGAACAUUUAAAAUCUUGAUACAUUUUCAGCCUGCAGGCUUUGCAUGAGUGUCCCAGUCAGUAUGUUAGACUCACAUUAACAUAACAGUAUCUUCAACUGCCUGUCACUGACUCACCUUUCAAACUGUCUUCCCUCAAAAAGAUUUGUAAUUAAAGAGUUUCAUUUUUUGAAUUACACAGAUUUAUUUCUAUUUGUUUCAUAUGGAAAAGGCAGUAUUUUUCUGAUGUAAAUAAUGCUUGUUUGGUAAGCUUGUUUGCAGUUUUUUUAGGUUUGUGUACAAUCAUUUUUACUAUAUACAAGUUUGUGUUUAUGUAUUUAAAUGCACUUAAUAAAAUAACAAUCAUUUAAAUUCCA